AUGUUCUUCUGCAGGAUUCCUCUGUGGGCUGGAGUGUUGAUCACCAUCAUUGACACAUUUGUCUUCCUGUUUUUGGACAAGUACGGUCUGAGGAAGCUGGAGGCGUUCUUUGGGUUCCUCAUCACCAUCAUGGCCCUCAGCUUUGGUUACGAGUAUGUGCGUGUGGCUCCAGACCAGGCCGCGGUGCUGAAGGGCAUGUUUGUGCCGUACUGCAGCGGCUGUGGACCUGCACAGCUGGAGCAGGCCGUCGGGAUCGUGGGAGCCGUCAUAAUGCCUCAUAACAUCUACCUCCAUUCUGCUCUCGUGAAGGUCAGUCUACACACCUGA